AUGCUUUUCACAAAGAUCAUCAUCUGGGCCUUUGCCACUGCCGUCACCGCUACUCUCACUGUCAAGGAGAUAGCCACUAAGUUCAGCAUCCCCGAGGCCAACAUCAAUGAGCUCCUCUCUGCCUCUGACGUCUCCACCAUUAGUGUUGAGAAAUGGGCAGACUUCCUCCACACCAGUUCCAAGGAAAUUAGAUCAUGGACCCAAUCUGCCAAGACUGCUGCCCUUGAGGAGAUCAAGGUUGAAUUCAAGACUUACAUGGAAAACGACACCGACACCAAGCUUGUAAAGCGCACAGAUGCCCACGAGGCUGACCAUCGACGUCGACUGGCCGGUUGCCCUAGUGCUCGUUGUGGUGUAUGUGCCGCUGGUCUGACCAUCGCUUAUGUCACGGCCCUUACUGCUUGCGGCGCUGCUGCUUUGACUGAGGAGGCUAUUUCUGCCGGUACUCUGACUCCUGUUGCCGUUGUUCAACUUGGAGCCUGUGUUGGACUUGCUCAUGGUACCUAUAUCGGAGGCUGGACCUUCUGCCUCGGCAUGAAGGACUAG